CAUUUUGUAUUUAUAAGAAUAGCUCAAGCCCAUAUGUGAGGAAUGCGUAAUCCCGCCGGAUUGCUUGGUUUGUUCUGUCCAAAGGUGAGAAGGUUGCCGCGACUGACACGUUUCUCAGGCCAAGAGAGGGAGCGAGAGCCGAUUCAGCAGGCGAGGAAUUGAAAUUGAUUAGGCUACUUUCUUCUUCUUCUUAUCAACGCCCUUAAAAAACCCUAGCCAUAUAUACAAGACUGUAAUGGGCAACUUCUUCGACAAGGAACCGCCACCGCCAAUGGUGCUCGUCCCUCCACUCUUUGAUUUUCCUCCUCUCGCUGCACGUACCAGGAUGGUUGAGUCGUCGUAUAACUUGUUAUUUGGGAAGCUUGCUUUGAAAUGCCUCUUCGAGGAUUAUUUCGAAGAAGCUCAACAUUUCAGGACAAUGAUAAUGCUAAAGCCAAUCGAUGAUCCCCAUGUCGAUUUGGUUGCUACUGUUUCAGGUCCGUUGGAUCACAAACCUGAGAAGAGUAUUGUUGGCAAUGCAUUUUUCCGCUGGCAACGGGAUAUUGAUGACCCUCAUACAUUUGUUGACCUUUACGUGUCGAGCUCUGAUCCGGUUUUGCAAAUGAGAUCAUGCUUUUUUGACCCCAAACUUGGAAUUGGAGGAUUUGGCGUUUUCCCUUUGCUGAUGAGGAAAAGAGUAUCUUCUCAAGACUACGGUGUUGUGGGAUUGAGAUAUGGUUCAAGAAACUUCUCGUUUGGAGCUACAUGCAUGCCUUUCUCCUUGAGAGAUGAAUUUCCAAAAAGCGCAUGGCUGGUGAGUAAGGUGGGAAGGGUAAUUGCUGGACUGCAGUAUGAGCCCGACCAUGGAAGCAAAGAUAGUGCAAAGUAUCAAAAUUUGAAGAAUUGGAGUGGGGCGAUUGGCUAUGGAGCGGGAUCAGGCAGUCCUCUAAGUCCAUCAUUCAAUUUUUGUCUUGAACUCGCUAAAAGUUCCCAGUUUAUUGCAUCAUUCUAUCAACACGUUGUAGUCCAAAGACGGGUGAAGAACCCUCUUGAAGAAAGUGAAGUUGUUGGAAUUACAAACUAUAUAGAUUUCGGUUUUGAACUGCAGACAAGCAUUGAUGGUGAAGAAACAUCAAUGAUGCACGAUUCUACCUUUCAAAUUGGUGCAUCUUGGCAAGCCAAUAAAAACUUCCUGCUGAAGGGAAAGGUGGGUCCUCUCAGUUCAUCUGGGACAUGUGCAUUCAAAUCAUGGUGGAAACCUUCUUUCACAUUGAGUAUUUCAGCUACAAGAGACCACACUGUUGGAAACACGGCUUACGGUUUUGGUUUACGUGUUGAGCACCUCAGGGAAGCCAGCUACCAAAGAGCUGAUCCUAAUUUUGUGAUGCUGACACCAAAUAAAGAACACCUUGCAGAAGGCAUAGUUUGGAAAAUUGGCAAAAGACCAAUGCUUGAAUCAGAUGUAAAUGCUGGAAACUUUGAUGCUGUUCCAAGGGAGCUAAGACCCUUGGGAAAUGUAUUGUAAAUAGUCUUUGCACCUGGAAUCUUGUCAAACCUUUUCCUCAAUUUGGUUGGCUAAAGUAAUGGGUUUCAUAAUUAGUGAGCCCUCUUGCGCGUACAGACGUUACUACUAGGGACGCCUAGCUUCAUCCUCUUCUUCUAACCACAGGGAUUACAAUACUAAACUCGAGGGCCCAACUACGACUUAAAAGGACUUGUUAUAUACCCACUUUUAUUAACACCAAAAAUAAUGUCUUGUGCAGUAGUGACACAAUAAAUUUUUGAUGUCACCCCGAGAAUCCUAAAUGCACGGUUUUGUGUAGUAGUUACAUAUAAUGUAUCUCUCUCUAUACUGGGAUUUGAACUCUAGCAUUAAGAAAUGAAGACCACAAUCGUAGACAAAAUCAGGUUUGUACUUCUUCAUACAUUCACUAAACUUAAUUUACUGCUCCA